AUGUCUUACCAGCAACCCUACCAGCAGCCACCUCCCCAGGGAUACUACCCUCCCCCUGGCGGACAAUAUCCUCCUCCCCAGCCUAUGCAAUAUCAGCAGCCCCCGCCCCAGGAAGAAAAGAAGGACCGUGGCUGCCUCACCGCCUGUCUGAUGGCCAUGUGCUGCUGCUUCCUCUGUGAGGAGACCUGCGAAUGCUGCAUUGAGUGCGUGGAAUAUCCCUUCCAUCUGGAUGGAACGCUGAUCAACACCCUGUCGCGCCCGUCUGCUCUCCUUUCCAGAUUCUGUCAGCUUUGGCCUCGCGCAUACCUCCUUGUCGUUUCCGACCCGACCUGGAUCACCCCUUCGAGCGACGGACUGGUAUCGGUGGCGGCUAAAAGGUCUACCGCUCAAGACGAAUUAUGGAACGCGCGGAAAACUGUCCAAGCUCAAGUCGGAUGGCAAUGA